CGCAGCGCAGUCCCCAACUCCAGCUACGCCACGCCACCACGGCAGCAAAUCAGCAGCGCUUCCGUUCCGGUUCCGCUGCAGCUCAGAGAUCGGCGAUGUCGGGGAGCGUGGACCUCCCCGUGGUGGACCUCGCGUCCUCGGACCUCCGCGCCGCCGCCGCCUCCGUCCGCCAGGCGUGCGUGGAGCACGGGUUCUUCUACGUCACCAACCACGGAGUGGACCGCGCCCUGGUCGAGGCGGUGCUGGCCGAGAGCAAGGGGUUCUUCGACCUGCCGAUGGAGGAGAAGUUGAAGCUGCAUAGGACCAACCACCGGGGGUACACGCCGCCCUACGCCGAGAAGCUCGACGCCGCUUCCGAGUUCGUAGGAGACCUCAAGGAGAGUUUCUACAUUGGGCCUAUUGGGGACAGUGAUCUUCAGAAUGAUCUAAACCAAUGGCCUUCUGAAGAGCGCUUUCCGUCUUGGAAGGAGACAAUGAAGUUGUACAUUGCAACUGCUCUGGAUACUGGCGAAAGGAUACUCUCUCUAAUUGCUUUGGGUUUGGAUUUGGAUGCUGAAUUCUUUCACAAAAUUGGUGCAUUGGACUGCCCGUCAACAUUUCUUCGUUUAUUACAUUACCCAGGUGAAGUAAAUGAGUCUGAUAGUGGAAACUAUGGUGCAUCAGCUCACUCAGACUAUGGUGCAAUAACUCUUUUAGUAACAGAUGGUACUCCUGGCUUGCAGAUAUGCAGGGAGAAGGAUAGGGAUCCUCAGCUAUGGGAAGAUGUUCAUCACAUUGAUGGGGCCCUUAUUGUUAAUAUUGGCGACUUGCUAGAAAGGUGGACAAAUUGUGUUUUCAGAUCUACACUGCAUCGUGUUGUUGCUGUUGGUAAAGAGCGGUAUUCGGUGGCUUUCUUUCUUGACCCAAACUCUGAUACAGUGGUUGAGUGCUUGGAAAGCUGUUGCAGCGAGGCAGAUCCACCGAGGUUUCCACCUAUCAAGAGCGGCGACUAUAUAACCGGGCGAAUUAAUUCCACAUACAAAUAAUCAUCCAUCCAUCACUACAUGUGUAAAGCUAUGCACAUUCAUAACAGCUUGUUACCAUAUUAUCGUUUGAUCCCGGAUCUAAAAUUAUUUUCAAGGACACACGACGCCAGAGAGCUAAGCAUGCGAAC